AUGGCAGCCAGAGGCAGGGCCGAGGGGGGCCUCCCGGAUCGUUACCUGGUGAGCCGGCCCAUCUACAACGAACCCAGCUUCCAGGAGGAGAAUGAGAAGAAGCUGGUGGUGCCCAAAACGCUCCGCGAGCGAGUCCGGAAAUCCUGCAGCUGUUCGAGGAAAAAAGCCUUGAAGGCCACCAAGACGUUCCUCCCUAUCUUGGAAUGGCUGCCCAAAUAUAGGGUGAAGGAAUGGCUCCUCAAUGAUGUGAUUUCGGGCAUCAGCACAGGGCUUGUGGCUACUUUACAAGGUUUGGCGUACGCGUUAUUAGUUGCCGUUCCAAUUGGUUAUGGACUCUAUUCUGCAUUUUUCCCCAUCUUGACGUAUUUCUUCUUAGGAACAUCAAGACACAUCUCUGUUGGACCUUUCCCUGUAGUCAGUUUAAUGGUGGGCUCCGUAGUACUGAGCAUGGCCCCAGAUGAAAAAUUCCUCCUGGCGAACAGUAACGUGACGGGAAUGAAUGGGACGGCUGGGAUAGACAUCGCUUCCAGAGAUGCCCAACGGGUGCUCAUUUCCAGCACUGUCACCUUCCUGGUUGGCAUCAUCCAGAUCUCAGUUGACAAGAGGUUCCACAGUGGCGGGAAAUUUCUCCUGAUCCCUUAUCAACGAACAAGGAAAUGGUGGGCGGGAUAUAAAAGUGAUGUUAAUGCUUUCUAUAAAAAGGGGAAAUCCUGA